ACUCACCGUUACCUUUGGUAAAUGAAUGACUGCGGGGAUAACACUCGGGGUAACGGAAGUACACAACUCAACAACAUAGAUGUUUUAGAUGGUUUUACGUGGAAAUGUUACACACUUCUAUUGUCCAUAUGUUUCUGGAGAGGUGGUGAUGAGAGAAGACAUGAUCAUGCCUCGAUCCGAAGUGACAGCUCCGGUGUUUCUGUGGCUGUUGGUCACAUUGAUGGUUUGGUGUGGAGUCCUGCGGGCUGUUGUGGAUCACACCGUGUUAAGUUGUUUGUGUAUGUGUGUGUGUGAUCCAGGUGAUGAUCUGACAGAGCAGCUGUCACUUCACUCUGACUGAGAGAAUUAAAAGGAUUAGUCAAGUGUUGAGGAUGAUGACACAGCAGCAGCACCUGCCUGCACUUUGUUCUCUGAAUGUGUGUGUGUGUCUGUGUGUCAGAGAGAGAGCACCUCACAACUCAACAGCCGCUUCCCGGUAACCAUGCCAACCACAAGGGGCUGUUCAUGUUGGAGCAUGCUCAGUUUGGCUCCGUCCCCCGUAACAAUAGCCAGUGAGGGAGCUCACACUCGCGCACACACACACACCCUCUCUCUCACUCUACUCCAGCUCGCAGUGGGAGCUAGACGGAGAGGAGAGGCUGCCUGCUGCGCUGCCGUGCUCGCAACACACAAACACCGACCGCCAAACACACACUCCUUCAUAACAAAGCCCAGGGCCUCGUCUGUCUGGCUCGGUGGAAACUCCGGCACAGGUUUCCGUCCUGAGAGGAGACUGAGGAGAAGAAGCCAGCCGCUUUGGGAUCUGAGCCAAUGACCUGCAGGAGGAGAGGAGCGGCGCAGAAGCUUGAUUAAAAUGGGGCUGCAGAUCUUCAUACCUGCUGACUGGAUGUCUGAGGGCCACUCUCUCAGCCUUCAGCCAUGCCUGACGUAAAGCCUCCUCCACCAUGUGACUACCCCUCCACCUCCUCCGUCAUCGCCUCUGCCGGCUCUCCUGCUGGCUGCGCCUCUCACCUUGACCUCGUCAUUGACAUGGAGCCCUGCAUCGCCAACCUCCCCCUGUCCCCCGACUCCCUGUCCUCCUUCCCACGACACAGACCCGGCAUCCCUCACUACCCGGGCCUCCAGGGGCCUCCCUACCCGCUCAUGGCUCGGUGUAACAGCAGCACCCUGCUCACUAACCUGGGGCUGAGGUACUGCUCCAGCAGGCAGGAGACUCUGGGACUGGGGUCAGGUGACGGGCCGGCCCUGGGCUCCUGCAGCCACACAGGAAGUAACGGCAGCAGGCCUUACAGGAGUAUGGAGAACCUGAACUGGAGCAACAUGGCAGAUCCUGGCUUGUGUGCGUUCAGUGCUGCCCCCUACAGGAGCGUGGACAGUGAGUUUAUUUUACGCUACACCUCCAGUACCAACUGGUGUGGCGGGCCUCCUGAUGGAGCUGUGGUGGGGGCUCACGGGCUGGUACCCAACCCAGAGAGCCUCGCCUUUUACCCCAGACAUGGGCUUCCCAGGAAGGACCUGCCACUCUUCCCUCAGCUGCUGUUUCCAGGUGGUGUCGACGAAUGGGAUGCAAGGAAGGGCCUUAGGGAGAAACUCCGCCUCCAGAGCGCGCGGUCAUCAGUUGAGCCUCUGAGGCCCCUCCCACUGCGGCCUCAGGUGAACCCAGGUGCUGCUCCCAUUGAACGGGAGGGUAUGCAUCACGUGAAUGGGUCCAGGCAGCUGUGCACGAUGCGCCUCACCAGCCCCGAGGAGAUCAAGCAGGAGGUUCUGAGGCGCCUGCAGCUCCGGCGCCAGAACAGCAGUCCCAACCUGGCUGUGAGCAGCUCCCCAUCCAGCCCCAGAGUGGUGAAGACGUCCUACACCACUGACAACAUCACAGCUAACCAGGACGAUUCUGCAUCGGAGCGCUGCAGACCUCCUGUGGGACGCCUUCACAUCCCCACGUUUGAGGAGUUUAAGAGGAUGAGGCAGAAGGAGGGAGAGCAGAGCAAAGAGUCCACAGCUGGUUCUGUGCUGUCUGGAGCACCUGCGGCUGAGCUGCCACAGGAAGCAGGAACAUCAGACAGCAACAACCCUCCUCCUGAUCGGACUGUCCCUCAGACGAAUGCUAGUGGAGGACACAGAGAGCAGCAAGAAGACUCGGUGGAGGUGGUGGGAGACAUGAGCAGAGGUGAAAGGACAUGCAGCAGCGGUGACACCUCCUCAGAGAGACCUCCCUGUAAAACCUCCUCCUCCCCCUCCAUCACCAGCACAUUAUCUCCAAUCCGCACAGGCCCGUCUCCACGCUCACCCCUGCAGCCCCUGGCCAGCUCCGCCCCGGAGAAAGCCUCUGCUGCGUGGGGAGAGGAUGGGAACAGCAGGCGGAGGAGAAGCAGCCUAGAGCCAGCUGGGUCGGUCCCCUUCCCGCCCAGCAGGGAGAACUGGGACCGUCCCUCCAGCUGCUGCCCGGCGCUCCUUCUGGAGGGGACAGACCUGUCCAGCUACGGAGCCAAGAUCUACAAGAUGAAGGACGGCCUCAUCGGCUCCGCCCUGGACCUCAUCAAGAAGAGCUGCAGUGCAGAGAUCUCCGGCGAGGCCCCCGUCAAGCUGUCAGGUGACCGGGACGGAGGCUGUGACAUCACCGCCCCCUCGACCGACUGUCAGCCCUCCACCGUUGCCAUGGCAACGUCGGCAACAGCCUGCGGAGCCGAGGCUGGCGACGAGACGCCUGCAGGAGGAGGAGGAGAGGAAGCAGGAGAAUGCCACACCGGUCUGGGCUGCAGGCGCUCCAGCUCGGACGCAGCCUAUGAGCUGGCUGAGACGGUGAGGGCGCAGCGCGAGUGCCGUCUCCGGCCCCACUACAGCGACCCCAUGCCAGCCGACGCCUCCAAGCGCAAACAGCUGGAGAUGAAGAUCGCUGCCGCCGCCCGACUCCACAGCCACCGGAGAGACCGCGACAGAGACCGAGACCGAGACAGUGCUCCAGCAGCCAUCCGUGGGCGCUCUGAGCCCCCUGGUGAGGAGCGUCAGGCUGGCCUGGGUGUGACUCGGUCCGGGCAGCACCGCUGGAGCACCAUCAGCAGCCUGAGUGCCGACAGCGGCGUGGUGGGCCUCAGUGAUGAGCGGGAGGAGGAGGACAGCGAGCCUCGGCGCUACCGCAGAACCCGGGGGUCCGAGGUGGAGCGGGUGGACAGCGGCAUCGGCCCCGGUCUGUCCCGCACCUGGAAGAGACCGUCUGCCUCCCUCAGAGCCUGGGAGGCUCAGAGACCUUGUCCAGACUGUGGACUGAGGGACGGGGCCUCCAGAGAGCGAGGCGAGCGCAUGUGUGAGCGCUGCUCCAAGCUGCGCACCGAGCGCAAGGAGGCCAUCCUGGAGUUUCUGAACACGGAGUCGAGCUACGGCGAGGACCUGCGCAUCAUCAAGGAGGAGUUCUACUGCCCCAUGCAGAGCGCCGGGCUGCUGACAGCCGAGCAGCUCACCGUGGUGUUCAGUAACGUCCAGGAGCUGAUAGACGUCAACGACCGCUUCACCGAGCACCUGCAGGACAGCAUCGACCAGGCCUUUGACCAGGGAGACGACGAUCUGCUGACAGUCUACAUAGGAGAGAUCUUCCUGGAGUUCGUUAACAUGCUGCCCGCCUUCCAGACCUACUGCCUGCAGCAGUCCACCUCGGUCAACAUGCUCAACACGCUGGAGAAGGAGAAAGAACUGCUCAGAAUCUUCCUGGACGUUUCCCAGAAUGACAACACGGCACUGCGUCGGAUGAACUUGCGCUCCUUCCUCAUGGCGCCCCUCCAGCGUGUGACUAAAUACCCCCUUCUCCUGAGCCGAAUCAUCAAGGUCACUCCCGAAUGUCACCCCGACUACGCGCGUCUCCGUGAGGCCAAGAGUCGGGUGGAAUCCCAUCUGGAGCACAUCAACAUGAAGACCAAGCAGGAGGGUAACGGAGUCACGUGGUCCCUCCGCUCAUUCCGCCGCGACAGCCGCAAAAACCGAGAGGUCAUCAACAUCGAGAUGCGAGAGGUGUCAAUGAAGACGGUGGGCUGGGCGCGAGAACACACACGCUUCGUCAUGGAGGGACCCCUCCAGCUGUCCCAGCCAGCGGAUGGUCAGUGGGUGAAGAAGGGCAGCAAGGCCCUCAAGUUCCAAAACGUCCAGAGUCUGCUGAUGGUGAGGACACAGCGGGCUGGGGAGGCCCCAGGACAGGGCACCGACCUGGGUGCGCGUGGGGAUCAGGGGGAGGGUGGAGGAGACGGCAUCCGAGAUGGAGUGCUGGUUCUUAUCAAGGACAAGAGCAGCGGGAAGUUCACAGUGCUGAGAGAGCCCAUCCGUCUGGGGAACUGUGUGGUGUCGACCGACCCCGACUCUGAGGACACAUUCGAGGUGCUCGACAUUCGGCGGGAAUCUUUUGUAUUCCGCGCAUCGGACAAAUCUCGCACCCAGCAGUGGUUCCAUCAGAUCAAGAGGUACGCUCGGGACUUGGGCACCUGGAGGAAAAGACGCAACGCGUUGCCCAACAUCAUGAUCAACACGAACCAGAGCCGCUCCUGAGACUGACCAUCCCACCGUCCACCGCUGUUACACUGUAAAUAACCUGAGUCCUUCUACUGCAAAAAACAAAGUGACGACAAGAAGCAUUUCUGCGUGAUGCCACUGUUACAACCUGUUCGAUUUCAGUUUCCCAAAAGAUCUUUCUCUACGUCUCGUAAGGGUAAGACAAAGAUAAAGCACUUUUUUCUCGUGCGCCAUACUGUCAUGAAAUUAUGUAUGAAGGUGGUUAACAUUAAAAAAAAUAUAUCUGAUCAUUGGACGACCAAAAAAACCUGGGCUGUGCUCGUCAGCCUUGAUUGUAAAGACUGUUUGCUCUCGGAGGAAGAGAGUGGAGUUUUCAGUAAAUAAGGUGUGUCUGUGGAAGAGCAUGACUGAACAUGACUGACUGCAAAAUGAAAAACUCUAAUGUCAUUUUUAUACCAGACAGUGGGGGUGCUUUCGUUUUUGGUACGCAGAGGUGGUCCAGGGCUUUGUUCAGUGGUUCCAGUUUGUUGUCACUGCCCUCUACUGUACGUUGGCGGUAGAGCAACUUUCACUGCCAGAGAUGCAGCUGAGCAGAGCCUCCUACAGGCUGAGCAGACCUCCUGCUUCACUGUGUUCAAACGAGAACGAGCAAUAAUCUCUACCAGUUUCAAAACAAGUAGCAGUGGUAAUACUGAAUUAUGCAUUUAAUUACCCUAAGAUCCUCCCUGGUGUUCGGGUGUUCAUCCGGCAUCAGUCUUUGGAAAUGAUCUCAGUGCCAUGGGAGCAGUUGAUGAGUAGUCAGCAUCCUUUUGUGUUAACGUCAUGUCACAUAGGUACAUUUAAACAAGACAGUUAAGCCCCCUGAGUGUUUAGUCCAGAGUUAUUCAACCUGUUCGUAGGGCUGCAACAAAGUUAACUGAUUAAUUAAUUAAUCUGGUUCACUGUUGGUCUGCAAAUUGUCUGAAAUGAACAUGGUUAUCUCAAACACCCCGACUGUACUGGACUGUAUUUUUGUUACAGUCCAAAUGGUAAAGUUAUUACAUUUACAAGCAGAUAGAAAGGGGGAGGCAGUGUCUGAGAGACCAGAUGAAGCAAUUCUGUUUUACAAUCAGAUAUCUCAUUGGGUCAUUUCUGCGCCAUACCGUUUGAACAAAACAGGUUUGAGAUAUGUCACUAUUUCUAUAUAAAUCCACCCUAAUCCCAUGACUCCUGAGAGCCGAAAAGAAAAAUAUGCUCCUUUUAAACUGUCAUUAACAGGAAAUGUCUGUGGCAGGUUGAAAGACCCUGGUCACGUGACAAUCUCGCCUCAAAAACCACCCCACCCGUCUUGUCCUGACACAGUUUGAACUGUGGGUUAUGAUUGGAGCUAGCGAUGAGCUGUUGUGCCUUGGUACUCGAUUACUGUUAUCCUAAAACACACUGAAGUAUUUGCAAUCCGCCACAGUAGCAUUUUCUCUGCGAUAUGGACUAGACUGCCCUCUGCUGGCACGUGAUUGAGAUCCAUUUACAGGCAAUAUAAUUAUUCCUCUGACAGUCCCUGGCUGCUGAUGAUCUGUGAUAACCGGAUCCUCUCUCUGAUUUCACCCUGUUUAUUUAUGAAGGCUUUAUUUGGUUUAAUGCACUUUAUUUCUGUAAUAAAAGCUCUCCAUUAGAUCUGCUGUUAUACAUGUUACAGUCUUGUUUAUUCACAGUUCUUCAUGUUCGAAGGAACCAGUCUUCAAACCAAAACUACUAUUUAUGCCGUUUUCUGUUUGCUAUGACGUAGCACUAGAGGAGGUAGUGAAUCACUGUGUUCUUGGAGGGCAGAGCUGCUCAACUCCACACCAACACUCGUGUGCUGUCGGAGGACGCUGGUUCAGAUGAACUCAAAAAAACAUGUCAAAAAAACAAAGACUGCUGAGCCGCAUACAGUUUCCUUUGAUUUCCUCCUUUGCAUUUGAGAGACCUGAUGUAUUAUUUCCCCAAUGUAAUAUAUUGUGAAUUAUAUUAAAAGAUUUUAAACACAAUUUUGC